CUUCCAAAAUGGUUGAUUUCUAUUUGUUGUUGUGCUUGAGUCUGAUAAGUGGCGUCUUCAGCUAUGGCUACCAACCCGACCACUAUGCUGCCACAAAUUGUGACUACAUUCAGUGUUCGACCGAAAAACAGGAGGUCUGUGCGAAGACUCAUGGAUUGCAGCAGCUGGCGACAUUUGACAAUAGCUGCGAGGUGCAGCGCUAUAGCUGCCUAACGAGACAAUAUUGGCGCAUACUUUUCCAGGGUCCCUGCGAGUGCCCGGUUAAUUGUCCGCCCAAAUGGAGUCCCGUCUGUGGAGCAAGUGGAUAUACACAGAGAACUUUUCAAAACCUCUGUGAACUGCUGCAGUUGAAAUGCUUUUCGGGGGAACCUUGGAGAUUGCAACGCAAUCGACCAUGUGUAGAGGAUGAAGAUUAUGGAUAUGCCGGUUAUACCAUUGGUAACGGACCGUAUCCAGCUUAUAGACCUUAUGGUUACGAGCCACAAGCUUAUAGCGGAACAUACAAUCCCCCACCGAACCCCUAUGCAGUAUCGCAGUUGCAAUCGUAUCGUAUAUCGAUCUCAAGGGACGCUUUGCCCACCGAGUCGAGCGAUGCAUAUGCAACAAAAACAAACUCCAAACCAAAUGGAACAUCAACGGAAAAUAAAUCGACAUAUACUAAAUCGCCUUCCCCAGUUGAAACGUCACAAACAAAUUCUAAUUCUUACUCGGAUUCCAAUGCGUAUUCAACACAAGUUCGAUCUGAAUCUGAACCAGAUCCUCAAAGUGGUAAGGAAUCAGCAAAGAGUUCAGCACAAUUUGUAGUUGGAAUAGUGGAGGACAAUAUAUCUACAACUGAAUCGUCACCUACGAAUUCUGAUCCGGAUUCCACAACAGAAGGUUCUGGGAGCUCGGACUCGGAUUCCAUUUUGGAUUCAACAACAGCUCCAUCUGAAUCCACAACAGAAUCGAACGUAGAAAGCUCAAGUGAAGCUCCAACUGAAAGUCAGACACCACAGGACGCUGGAAGUAGUGAAACUCCCUCGGAUACAUCGGAAAGUUCAUCAGAAAGCUCUCCAAUAGUUUCUGAUUCCACAACAGAAGGUUCUGGGAGCUCGGACUCGGAUUCCAUUUUGGAUUCAACAACAGCUCCAUCUGAAUCCACAACAGAAUCGAACGUAGAAAGUUCAAGUGAAGCUUCAACUGCAAGUCAGACACCAGAGAUCGCUGGAAGGAGUUUAGCUCGCUCGGAUACAUCGGAAAGUUCAUCUGAAAACUCUCCAAUAGUUUCUGAUUCCACAACAGAAGGUUCUGGGAGUUCAGACUCGGAUUCCACUUCGGAUUCGACAGCAGUUCAAUCCGAAUCCUCAACAGAACCGCAGGUAGAAAGUUCAAGUGAAGCUGUAACUGAAAGUCAGACACCACAGGACGCUGAAAGUAGUGAAUCUCCCUCGGAUACAUCGGAAAUUUCAUCAGAAAGCUCUCCAAUAGUUUCCGAUUCCACAACAGAAGGUUCUGGGAGCUCGGACUCGGAUCCCACUUCGGAUUCAACAAUAGCUCCAUCUGAAUCCACUGUAGAAAGCUCAAGUGAAGCUUCAACUGAAAGUCAGACAUCAGAGGACACUGAAAGUAGUGAAACUCCCUCGGAUACAUCGGAAAGUUCAUCUGAAAACUCUCCAAUAGUUUCUGAUUCCACAACAGAAGGUUCUGGGAGCUCGGACUCGGAUCCCACUUCGGAUUCAACAGUAGCUCCAUCGGAAUCCACAGUAGAAAGCUCAAGUGAAGCUGUAACUGAAAGUCAGACAUCAGAGGACACUGAAAGUAGUGAAUCUCCCUCGGAUACAUCGGAAAGUUCAUCUGAAAACUCUCCAAUAGUUUCUGAUUCCACAACAGAAGGUUCUGGGAGCUCAGACUCGGAUUCCACUUCGGAUUCAACAGUAGCUCCAUCGGAAUCCACAGUAGAAAGUUCAAGUGAAGCUUCAACUGAAAGUCAGACACCACAGGACGCUGAAAGUAGUGAAACUCCCUCGGAUACAUCGGAAGUUUCAUCAGAAAGCUCUCCAAUAGUUUCCGAUUCCACAACAGAAGGUUCUGGGAGCUCGGACUCGGAUCCCGCUUCGGAUUCAACAAUAGCUCCAUCGGAAUCCACAGUAGAAAGUUCAAGUGAAGCUUCAACUGAAAGUCAGACACCACAGGACGCUGAAAGUAGUGAAACUCCCUCGGAUACAUCGGAAAGUUCAUCUGAAAACUCUCCAAUAGUUUCCGAUUCCACAACAGAAGGUUCUGGGAGCUCGGACUCGGAUCCCACUUCGGAUUCAACAAUAGCUCCAUCGGAAUCCACAGUAGAAAGCUCAAGUGAAGCUCCAACUGAAAGUCAGACAUCAGAGGACGCUGAAAGUAGUGCAACUCCCUCGGAUACAUCGGACACUUCAUCAGAAAGCUCUCCAAUAGUUUCUGAUUCCACAACGGAACGUUCUGAGAGCUCGGACUCGGAUUCCACUUCUGAUUCAACAACAGCUCCAUCUGAAUCCACAACAGAAUCGAACGUAGAAAGCUCAAGUGAAGCUCCAACUGUAAGUCAGGCACCAGAGAGCGCUGGAAGGAGUUUAGCUCGCUCGGAUACAUCGGAAUCUCCAUCAGACAGCUCUGCAAUGGUUUAUGAUUCCACAACAAAAGCUUACGGUAAUUCUGAUUACGCUACAAAGGCUUCCGCGUCGAAAUCACGUCAAUCUAACUAUACAUCAGAGUAUGGUCAAAAGAGUCAGGACACAGUUCCAAAAAGUUACGCUCCAGCACUUAAGUCAUUGAAAGUCAGUUCCGUGAACGACGAGCUAGAUCAGGAAUCACCUAGUGAAGAAGAUACAAAGGAAAGCCAAGUGAUCGUUGAAGUGACCAAUGAGGAUAAGGGUCAAAAAAUCAAAGUCACUAAUCAAAAUACGAAACAAGGUCCUUCAUUUGUAUUUGUAUUCGUGGGUCCAAAUAGUUCAAAUCAAAAAGUCGAGACGCAACAGAACUGAAAUAACUACAAACAAUAACUAAAGACACUUAAAAAAUUAUUAUAUGUCAUGCGGAACUAAAAACAGCCACAGCCAUUUAACACCAAUAAGACUAAAUGUUAAGAUGUAAGUUUGGAUAAA